AUGGACAAAGAUUGCGACAUGGUAUAUAAGAAUGUUUCUGACAUAUAUAAAUCCGGGGAGUUUAAGACCUACGAUAACUUUGUUUCGUUAGUUGCUGAAUGUGUAUGGCAGAUAAGAGAUAAAGAUAGAAGAGGUAAAAUAUGGAACGAACAGAUAAGACCAACUGCUUUUGAGUUAAAGAAAACCAUUGACGCCUUAGUUGUUUUAGCAGGUAAGGUUUCAGAAUAUAACGCAAAAAUGAAUCCGCAAUGUUCUAAAUGUAAAGCAGCAAUUAGGAAAUAUAACUACUCCGUCAAAGAGAUAGAAAGAAUGCGAAACGACUAUGCAGACUUAAAGAAAGAAGCAGAAAAGCCAGCAGAAGAUAAAAUGAACAUGUUAGAAUUUCUGAACAAAAACUAUCCAACAGCAGAAGAUUUCCUUCUAUCUGACGUCAAGAAGAAAUAUAAAGAGACUUUCGGUAUUGUUAAAACUUUUGACAUACUGACAGAAGAAAUAGAAGCUACGAAAUUGUUUAGGAUUUCAAAUAUACAUCGUACAAUUCAUGUAAAACGCUUGUGA